GUCCCACCCACACUCACCCUCUGCCUCGCUUUUCUUCACCCUCUGUCGGCUGAUAUUUCUCGGUGCUCUGCUUAACUGGUCAAAAGCUGUUGCUGGGCUGUAUCCAUCCAGAGCACCAACGACACACAGAUGUGAGGAUGCCUCUUGGAGGAGGAAACAGGUGUGGCUGCUGCCAGAAGACCGUGUACUUUGCAGAGGAAGUCCAGUGUGAGGGGAAGUUUUUCCACAAAUCCUGCUUUCUCUGCAUGGUGUGCAAAAAGAAUUUGGACAGCACUACAGUAGCUGUCCACGUGGAUGAGAUCUACUGCAAGUCCUGCUAUGGCAAGAAAUAUGGCCCAAAAGGCUAUGGUUAUGGCGGCGGGGCGGGAACCUUGAGCAUGGAUACAGGCGAAGCCCUGGGAAUCCAACCAGCAGAGCAGGAGGCACAUCAUCCUACCAAUAACCCCAAUCCCUCCAAGUACGCACAGAGGUUUGGCAGCUCGGAAUCAUGCCCUCGCUGUGGCAAAGCAGUUUAUGCAGCAGAGAAAGUGGUGGGAGCUGGUAAUUCGUGGCAUAAGAGUUGCUUCCGUUGUGCUAAGUGCGGCAAGAGCCUGGAGUCCACCACCCUAGCUGAUAAGGAUGGCGAGAUCUACUGCAAAGGGUGCUAUGCAAAGAACUUUGGGCCAAAGGGAUUUGGGUUUGGCCAGGGUGCAGGGGCUUUAGCCCAUGCCCAGUAGAACAGCGGAGCAGAAGGCCCAAGAGUGCCUUACCUCUUUGUCCCGAAGUCUGUAUAUUUCACGCACCACAAAGUCUUACAUGCAUGCAUUUUACACACUCUCACACACACAUGAAAAAUGCUUUUAAAUGUUUGAACUCUUAAAAGAUUGAAAGAACAGAAUUUAACAUGAGUCACAAUCCCAGCGCAGUUUUGCAGCACCUUUAAAAGUGACAUUUACUAAAUAGAUUGUUCUCAUAAUCUUUUGUAUUACUCUACUGGGGUUUAAAUUGCUUACAAACAUGAUGGACUGACUUUCUCUUAAAAACUGCUAGAAAACAUAAUUUAUUACAUGAAGGAAAUAAAGUAUCACUUUUUUGUUCCAUAUAAA